AUGGCUUUGCUGUGUGGCCUUGGGCAAGUCACUCUCCAUCUCUGAGUCCCACUUCCUCCCCAAUCUGAAAACCAGAUCGGGUUCCUAGCUACCGGGGCAUUCCAGAGGAGCGGCGGCAUGGAGGCUCUCACCACUCAGCUGGGGCCGGGGCGCGAGGGCAGCUCCUCACCCAACUCCAAGCAGGAGCUGCAGCCCUACUCGGGCUCAAGCGCUCUCAAACCCAACCAAGUGGGCGAGACGUCGCUGUACGGUGUGCCUAUCGUGUCUCUGGUCAUCGAUGGUCAGGAGCGCCUUUGCCUAGCACAGAUCUCCAACACUCUCCUCAAGAACUACAGCUACAAUGAGAUCCACAACCGUCGCGUGGCCUUGGGCAUCACGUGCGUGCAGUGCACGCCGGUGCAGCUGGAGAUUCUGCGUCGGGCCGGGGCCAUGCCCAUCUCGUCGCGCCGCUGCGGCAUGAUCACGAAGCGCGAGGCCGAACGGCUGUGCAAGUCGUUCCUGGGCGAACACAAGCCACCCAAGCUACCUGAGAACUUCGCCUUCGAUGUAGUGCACGAGUGCGCCUGGGGCUCGCGUGGCAGCUUCAUCCCCGCGCGUUACAACAGCUCGCGUGCCAAGUGCAUCAAAUGCGGUUACUGCAGCAUGUACUUCUCGCCCAACAAGUUCAUCUUCCACUCGCACCGCACACCUGACGCCAAGUACACGCAGCCCGACGCAGCCAACUUUAACUCGUGGCGCCGACACCUCAAACUCAGUGACAAGUCGGCUACAGACGAACUGAGCCACGCUUGGGAGGACGUCAAGGCCAUGUUCAAUGGCGGCACCCGCAAACGGACCUUCUCGCUGCAAGGAGGCAGCGGCGGCGCUAACGGCGGGUCGGGUGGGCAGGGAAAGGGUGGUGCUGGCGGUGGCGGCAGUGGCGGCCCCGGUUGCGGCGCGGAAAUGGCCCCAGGCCCGCCACCCCACAAAAGCCUGCGCUGUGGCGAAGAUGAGGCCGCCGGACCUCCCGGGCCGCCUCCUCCUCAUCCGCAGCGGGGACUUGGUCUGGCGGCGGGAGCCGGUGGCCCCGGGGGUCCUGGAGGGCCUGGUGGAGGCACCGGCGUACGCAGCUACCCGGUGAUCCCGGUGCCCAGCAAGGGCUUUGGCCUCUUGCAGAAGCUGCCCCCGCCGCUUUUCCCUCAUCCCUACAGCUUCCCCACCGCCUUCGGCCUCUGCCCCAAAAAGGACGACCCGGUGCUAGGCGCGGGCGAACCCAAGGGCGGCCCAGGCACAGGGAGCGGCGGGGGUGCCGGCACUGGCGCAGGCGCGGGCGGCCCAGGAACUGGCCACUUGCCCCCUGGGGCGGGGGCUGGCCCAGGCAGCGGCGCUAUGUUCUGGGGUCACCAGCCCUCCGGGGCAGCCAAGGACGCGGCGGCCGUGGCAGCGGCGGCUGCAGCAGCCACUGUAUAUCCGACGUUUCCUAUGUUCUGGCCGGCGGCAGGCAGCCUCCCGGUGCCGCCCUAUCCAGCCGCGCAGAGCCAAGCCAAGGCCGUGGCGGCGGCUGUAGCGGCGGCGGCUGCAGCGGCCGCGGCGGCGGCCGGUGGUGGCGGCCCAGAGCCCCUGGACGGUGCCGAGCCGGCCAAGGAGGGCAGCCUAGUCGCAGAGGAUCGCUGUCCAAGCGCUCUAUCUCGCGGGCCACUGGACGAGGAUGGCGCGGAAGACGCGCUGCCACCACCGCUAGCCCCAUUGCCUCCCCCACCGCCGCCGCCCGCACGCAAAGGCUCCUACGUGUCGGCUUUCCGGCCGGUGGUCAAGGACGCCGAGAGCAUCGCCAAGCUCUACGGUAGCGCUCGUGACGCGUACGGCGGUGGGCCAGCUCGUGGGCCGGGGCCAGGCGCAGGGUCUGGCGGCGGCUACGUGAGCCCGGACUUUCUGAGUGAGGGCAGCUCCAGCUACCACUCCGCCUCCCCCGACGUGGACACUGCCGACGAACCCGAGGUGGACGUUGAGUCUAACCGCUUCCCCGACGAUGAGGGCACCCCGGAUGAGGCCGAGCCCAGCGCGCCCGGCACAGGAGACGUCCCAGACGGCGACCAGCCUGCAGGGCCCCCUUCUGCCACCUCCUCGAGCGCCGACGGUCCCACAGACUCGCCUGACGGCGGCAGCCCUCACCCCCGGCGCCGCCCAGGGCUACUCCCAACCAGUCGAUCUGCAUUUGGGGACCCGGCUGCCGAUGACAUGGUGCGGAGAUCCGAGAGGAGCUCGCCAAGCGGCGGCUAUGAGCUGCGAGAGCCUUGCGGACCGCUGGGGGGCCCCGCGCCCGCCAAGGUGUACGCGCCCGAGCGGGACGAGCACGUGAAGAGCGCGGCAGCGGCGCUGGGGCCCGCGGCCUCCUACCUCUGCACCCCCGAGGCCCACGAGCCAGAUAAGGAAGACAAUCACUCGACCGCCGACGAUUUGGAAACAAGGAAGUCUUAUCCAGACCAAAGGAGUAUCUCCCAGCCAAGUCCCGCAAAUACAGACCGAGGUGAAGACGGGCUCACCCUAGAUGUCACAGGAACUCAACUAGUGGAGAAAGAUAUCGAGAACCUGGCCAGAGACGAGUUACAAAAACUGCUCCUGGAGCAAAUGGAGCUCCGCAAGAAGCUGGAGCGAGAAUUUCAGAGCCUCAAAGAUAAUUUUCAGGAUCAAAUGAAGAGGGAAUUGGCUUAUCGAGAAGAAAUGGUGCAACAGCUGCAAAUUGUCAGAGACACUCUCUGUAACGAACUUGACCAAGAGCGGAAGGCGCGCUAUGCCAUUCAGCAGAAAUUAAAAGAAGCCCACGACGCCCUGCACCACUUCUCCUGCAAGAUGUUGACGCCCCGGCACUGCACUGGCAACUGCUCCUUCAAGCCCCCGCUGUUGCCCUAGGGCCGGCCCGGCCGCGCCCUCGCGCCCUCAAGCCAUGCUGCUCUCUUCCUGUAAAUACCCGCGGCCGCGGCGGCCGAGAGCGAGAUAACAAGCCAUUUGGACCGGAUCAAUGUAAAUACAGUCUCCUGCCCGCCCACUCUCCUCCCGGGCGCCCCCAGCCCCUUCUCCGUUUCCAAAUGUAUAUACCACCUCGCCCCACGGAUAAACUCCGGGGCAUCGGACCUCAUGGGGUUAACUGGACUAAAGGGCGUAAGAAAGGGGAGACCGGGGCCUCUCCCUUCCCUGUACAGCCCUGGAACCCCAAUUGUGAAUACAAUGUAGCAACUUCGCUGGCUCCGCCCUCCCCGUCCCGUCCACUUCUGAAACUCUUAUUCCUAAUCACAAAGUGGCUAUGUGCAAUGGAUAUAAAUGUACUGUGAGUCUCUUGGUUCAGUAUUGGGUUCACUUUAUUUAUGCUGUAAGUUAUUUUACUUCCUUCUCCUGGACCUAAUUCCAGUCCCGUUUUACAUUCCUCCUUGGGUUUUGCUCUGCCUAUUUUUUUGUUGUAACCUCUUGAUGUAACAGCACUUUAAAAAGGGCGACAACUGACUCACGAGAUGGAGACCACCUUGAGCCUGAUUGGGGAGACCACCCUGUAUCCGUGACUUUUGUUUUUAAUAAUAAAAAAAAAAUCUGUUACUUCCUGGGGCUGUGGAGAUGGGAGUAUGCUCUUGGGUAGGGGGGCGGGGGUGGUGGUGGAGGCGGGCUGAAGGCAGCGCUACAGGUGGGGCAUGGGGACUGCAGCGCAGGUUCUGGGGCGCUUGGGCUGAGAUCCGCGCUUGACCAGGUAGGCAGCAGCGAGCACCCUGAUCUCUCCACCAGUCCUUUAGGCACACCCAGCUUGCCCUACAGACCACCCCGCCCCACGUUUAGGACCCUCCCUUGGGCCUUGUUCGGGAAAAGAGAAUUACCGCAAGGUCUCUGACUCUUCCCUCGAACGUUCGCGGAGGCCCAGGGUUACUAGUGCCUAUUUCCACGCCUACUCCACCGGGGAAGCCACCUCCAAGACCAUCAGAGACGGAAUUCGAGCCUUGCUGGGAAUCCCAGGUUCAACCGGAACUACCAGGGGGCGUGGGCAACCUUGGGCCUGGCCCUGGAGCUCGGGGGCGGGGCGGGGGGGGCGAGGUACUUGGUGUGGGCCUGGACCCCGCAGGCCUGGAAAGGAUGAGCGGUUCUCGCCGCUCGCGCGCAGAUGCACUCGCGCUAGGCUCGCCGCUAACCCGAAGGGAGGGAACCCUGGUGGUUUCUGAUGUUCCGUCCAUUUUAGUCCCAGAGGAUCUGUGGACGUCGAGGAGUCCAAGGAGGAAGGUGAGGUGAGCCGGCCUGGAGUUCGGGAGCGGGGCUUGGGGUGAUGGCCUCCCUUCGGCCUCAGUUUCCACAACUCACCUGCUGCUUGAGCUACAAAUAAAGAAGGGAAAUUGGAGUGCGCUUUGUGGAGGGAGAGGAAAGUGUUUUGGAUUGGGAAAACGCACAGUCCCGGGAAUUAUUCAGUCCUGGCUUCCAAUUUCCCCUCCUUAGCUGACUAGCAGGGGUGCUGUGUCCUGCCCUAAUUCUUCCUAGGCCUCUGUCCCGGCCUCUAAAACAAUAUUCAGGCCUCCGUCCCCAGCGGCGCGUGGACGCGCUCUGGGAGGAAGCAAGCACAGGGCAACGCUCCGCAGCUUGGACCCGCGCGCUGACGGCCCUGCCCUGCAACACUCCGGGGUUCUUUCUGAGCUUCUAGGCUGCCCUGGAGGCGGGCGUCCUGUGCCCCAUUGCUGGGGAGAGCAGCUGGGGCCCGGGAGCCCUCGGCUGUGCGGGUGGGUAAGUUUCGUGUGGAUCUUCCGGAAGGCCCUGGGCGGAGACAGCGAACAGAGGCGCUCGGGGCCUUCGUGAAGGGGCUCAGGUUGGGAGCCUCGCAGCGUGGUCGAGGCAGGAACUCGGGCCCCGGAGCAUCCUGGGCUGGGGCUCGGAGCCCUCUUGUCCCAGGACAUUCUGAGGGCUAGACCCAAACGCGACAAGAGAUAAUGGCGAUGAGGGCGCCGGGUAAACUGUGAGAUGUCGCCUUGGGGUGAAGUUGCUUCGGCAUGCGCGACCUCCUGACAAAGACCUUUCAGGGAGCGGGAACGUUUCUUAUGGGUGGAACCAACCAGAUCAGUCCUUCACUGUACCAAGGGUGAAACUGAGGUCCAGAGAGAAAGAGACAUGCGUCCCCAGGGCGUGCUAGAGGCGAGCGGACCCGGGAUCGGGCGGCGAGCGGGGGAUGAAGGAUUACACGCUCCUUUCCCCGCUGGGUGGAACCGCUUCUUUAGAAGCCGCACUUUUUCCCCCUGUAAAAUGGGAUCAACAGUUACUGCCAGGGCAGGAAGUUCCGUGGCUGCGGCCCACGCGGAGGACGCUGGCAAAUAUUCGUUUUCACCUUUCCUUUCCGAUUCCCCCACACAAAGUGGGGGAAAGCGCCGUAAGCAGCUGGGGCCAGCCGGAAAGGGCGCCCCAUCUGGACCGAAAUUUCUGUGGACUGGAGGUGUAGGCGGAUGCGACCCAGAAAGCUCUCGAAAAAACCCUCCUGGGCUCCGAUUCCCUUCAGAAGUGGUUUGUUUUCCCCCCAAAUGAUUGGUAUGGAUGUAAUUAUCAAUAAUUAUACGAAUUAUUGCUGAUUGCGGGGCUCGUAGCUACUUUAAUUAGUUUACCAGAUUCUAAUUAAGUUAAAUGAAACAUUAAUAGGGAAAAUAUGCUUUUAAAAAAACCAAGAUUUUUUAGAAGUCUAUUUCUCGCCACAACGUUGCCACCUUGCGACACAUUUUAGGCAUUACAGCCAGCGUCCGAAGGCGACAGAUCAGUGCGCUUGGUCUUGGGAGAAAAAGUGGGGCUUGAGGAAUUGGGAGCCGACUGUGGGGCACAGGAUGCCCUCCCGGCUGUUCUUUCCUGGUGAUGGUUCCGCACCUCGACACCCACAGGAGGUAGGGUCCUGGAGUCGAGAUCUGGGGGUAAGGAACCAGGUAAACAUGUCUCUUCAACCUCCGACUCCUUUUUUAGCAAAGAAACUCCAGACCCCUGAUGCGGAGAUGCCCGUGGAGCAGGUGUUGUCUGUCUUCACCUGUCCCAGGAAAUCCAGGGUGAUAAACUGAGCCAAGCUGGAGAAGCAGGUGGAGACAGCAUCCAGCUGCUUGAUUUUUCACUCCCCUGGGAGAAACCAGUAGGUCGCUCCCCACCUCCCUUUCCUCUGCAAAUCGGGGCAAACUGUCGGCAAAAAAUACUUGGAAGACCUCUGGAUUCCUGGGAGAAACCUCUGUGUCCCUGUGGCACUUGGUUCAUGAAGCUGAUAGGGUGCUCACCUCCCUGAGUUAUCCUUGGUUGUGUGUUUCUAUUUCCCAUAAAACUGCAAGUACCUCAAGAAUUAGAGCCAAAUCUUUCUCUUCCUUGUGACUUCCAACACGGGGCCCAUUGCAUCACAUGUACUCAACAUGUCUAGAUGAAUGCAUUCCAACUUUGUGGUUCAUUUGGGUGCUGGAAAUUCUGAGGGAAGGAAUCCCUAGGUGCUUCUGGACAACAGCUACUGGGAAGCAAUUAAGCUCAUUUGCAUAGUUAAUUAAACACACACUUACUGCUCAGAAGAUCCUUCAUCAGUAGGAUUAGUUUGGGAGGGGGUGGUGGGCAGAUGUCAUGUAAGGGAUUGUCAACCUGAAGAGGAAAGCUCUUGCAACUGUAUCCGGAAGAGAAUGUUCCUUCCUCUCCCUCUAAUUUUGCAAGGUCGCUGGGCACAUAACUCUCCACCCACUCCCAGCUAACCUGAUCUAAAGUAUAGCCUUGGUCCUGUGCAAAAAUGUGACUCCUGUCCUUGAAUGCAAAAUAUCAACAAAAGCAUGCUCUUUGCAUUAAUUCUAAGCAGCCUUAUCUCCCACUCUACACCCCCAAAGAAGUAGUGUUUGGUUAACUCCAUAGCCAGGUUUCCUAGGUCUCAGUCCCUUCUUUGCCAUUGACUAGUUGUGUGACAUUGGUUGGGUAAGUUUUUAAAUAUCAUUAUGCCUCAGUUUCCUCAUCUAUACCACGAGGAGAAAAAGAUAACCUACUUCAUAGAACUGAGCAGAGCUGAGAAAGUCAGCUAGGUCUUUGGUUUUAUAGCCUGUGUCUUUCCUAAUUUCUGCUCUGAGACAGGUUUUGCCAACAAGAAGGACCAAGAAUGAGGAGUUUCUUUAGAAGGGGAGAGAGACAGACCAACGCUGGGCAUCCCAGCAAGGGACCUUUAUCGCUACUCACUCAAUUGCUCAAGUGGCUUCUAAGGAACCAGGCAUCUCUGGGGAAAGAAAGGAAAAAAUCAAAGAGGUGUCAUAGAUCCCUGUUCUUGGCUGUUACCUGGAAAGGAUCAUUUCACCUCUACUGAAGACAUCAGAAAUAGAUCCUGAUGGAACACUGUUCCACAGCUCUGAGCACCCACAGGAAGGGGACACACUGCUGCCCUGGGGAGGCUCUGGGGCUCUGUGAUCCUGCAUCUGCCUUGACUGAGGUGACCACAGAGCCUGGGAGUGGGUUGGCGAGGCAACCGACUGGGCUCCCAGAGGGUGUAGAGACUUGGACUACCUGCAUGCUCAGGC